GUUUUCUUCUUAAAAUUUUUCUCACUUAUUUAUUUCUUAUAAAAUAUAAGAUAUCAUUAAGUUAUUAAACUAAAAUGUUUAAGUCUGUUUUACAUAUGACGAAAUUUCCUGUAUUAAAGGGAAGCGUGUCAGCUGAUGGUCGAUUGACCUCAUUGUUUACUAAUUUAAAUGUUAUAACCUCGAAAAACAUUUGCACCACGAUAACAUGUUGCAAGGAGAUUCGAUCACAAAACGAAAAAGUGAAGGUUGGCAGAGGCUCAAAAUAUGGAUUAAUAGAAGGAGAAACUACAGUCGAAGCAUUGAAUAUUAAUCAACAGGACUUAUUUCCUGAUGCAGAUACACCAAAUCGACUCUUUAAUGGUGUACCAUUUAAAGAUUUACACAUUGUUAAUAUAAAAUCAUCUCCUAAUAAUACAAUUUUCAGUUUUACUGAUAGUAAGGGUCUAGUAAUAAUGACUCAUACAGCUGGUAUAGAAGGUUUUAAAAAUGCUAAGAAAGGGACAAAUAUUGCUGGUCAACAAGCAGCUAUAACACUCGCUAGUCGUAUUCUGGACUAUGGUGUAAAUAUGGUGAGAAUACGAAUACAAGGUAUUGGAGCAGGUAGAAUGUCUUCUAUAAAAGGCUUUCAAAUGGCAGGUUUAAAUGUUAUAUCAAUUACAGAUGCUACUAGAGUAAGUUGGUGUCCACCUAGACCACGAAAACAAAGAAGAGUGUGAUUAUUAUACGUUAUAAAUUAUAAUUAAUUGUGAAAAUAUUAAUGAAUAUAUUAAUAGAUCUUAUAAGACUUACAUAUGAUACACAUUAUUUCACAUUGCCAAAUAACUAAAC